AUGAGGCCAUUCCAUAAGUUCCUUCUGGCGGCGGUGCUGGCCUGCGUCUCCCUGUUGCAGAACCCCCCCGUCGUCUCCGCCAACAGGUUCACCGUCGGCAACUCCAAGGGCUGGAACCCUGGCGUCAACUACACCAUCUGGGCCCAGAACAAGUCCUUCUACGUCGGCGACUGGCUCGGUACUCCCCUCUCGCUCUUUCCCUCUCUUCUUUCUCUCUCCUUUUCUCCUUCGCUGGUGCUGGGUAGAUCUGAAGGGCCUUCUUCUGUGCGGCAAUGGCGGCAGUGUUCCUGUACCAGCCGGGGCAGGCGGACGUGCUGCAGGUGAACGAGACGGCGUACAACCAGUGCCUCUACGACAGCCCCAUCACCAACUGGUCCAGGGGGCGGAGCUUCGCCUUCGAGCUCAACAAGACGGGCCACUACUACUUCAUCUGCAGCCGAGGCUACUGCUACAACGGCAUGAAGCUCGCCAUCAAGGUCGAGAAGAUCCCCCCGCCGCCGCCACCGGCCCAGUCCGCCAAGGCCUCCGCCGCCGCGCCCUCCCUUCCCGGAGCCGGCGGCGCCGCCGGCUUCCUCCGGGUGGCCGCCGCCAUCGGAGCUGCUAUGCUGGCGUCGAUCUAG